AUGUCUGGUCGCGGCAAGGGUGGGAAGGGCCUGGGGAAAGGAGGUGCCAAGCGCCACCGCAAGGUUCUGCGCGAUAACAUCCAGGGGAUUACCAAACCCGCCAUCCGACGCCUAGCUCGGCGUGGCGGGGUGAAGCGCAUCUCCGGCCUUAUCUAUGAGGAGACCCGUGGGGUGCUGAAGGUGUUCCUGGAGAACGUGAUCCGGGACGCCGUUACCUACACUGAGCACGCCAAGCGCAAAACUGUCACCGCUAUGGACGUGGUCUACGCGCUCAAGCGCCAGGGACGCACUCUUCCCAAGGCAGUCCAUAUUUCCUCUGGCUGCCUGUGCAUGGCUCGCACUAAGCAGACCGCUCGCAAGUCCACAGGCGGUAAGGCACCGCGCAAGCAGCUGGCCACCAAGGCGGCCCGCAAGAGCGCGCCGGCCACGGGCGGCGUGAAGAAGCCGCACCGCUACCGGCCCGGCACGGUGGCCCUGCGCGAGAUCCGCCGCUACCAGAAGUCCACGGAGCUGCUGAUCCGCAAGCUGCCGUUCCAGCGGCUGGUGCGCGAGAUCGCGCAGGACUUCAAGACCGACCUGCGCUUCCAGAGUUCGGCCGUGAUGGCGCUGCAGGAGGCGUGCGAGGCCUACCUGGUGGGGCUCUUCGAGGACACCAACCUCCUCGAGGUUUUCGGCAUGUCUGGUCGGGGCAAAGGCGGUAAGGGCCUUGGAAAAGGGGGCGCCAAGCGUCAUCGCAAAGUUCUGCGUGAUAAUAUCCAGGGCAUCACAAAGCCUGCUAUUCGACGCCUGGCUCGGCGUGGCGGUGUGAAGCGCAUUUCUGGUCUCAUCUACGAGGAGACCCGCGGGGUGCUGAAGGUGUUUUUGGAAAACGUAAUCCGGGACGCCGUCACCUACACAGAGCACGCCAAGCGCAAGACUGUUACUGCCAUGGAUGUUGUCUACGCGCUCAAGCGCCAGGGACGUACUCUCUACGGCUUCGGCGGCUGAGUGUUCGCGCUCUUUGUUCAACAAAAGGCCCUUUUCAGGGCCCCCAUCUUUUCAUCUGAGGAGCCGUGAUGCUGAUAGUUGCUGGUUUUCUAUGCAGUUAUCUCUAAAGGCCCCUGCUACAAAACAGAUCUGAAAUUGAGUUUUCCAGAAGAAACAUCAAAAGAACUUUAAUAAAUAACUGUACCUGAUACUGUCAAGCUCUACCACAGGUCUGAUUUAAGAUUUUGCAAGCCAUAUUAGAAGCAGGCUGCUUAACCCAAGAUCAACAAAGCAAUGAUUAAUCACUUUUUUUUUUUUUUUGGCCACGUGGCGUGAGGGGAUUUUAGUUCCCCCCACCCCAGGGAUCGAACCUGUGUCUCCUUCAGUGGAAGCGCGGAACCCUAACCACUGGACCGCCAGGGAAUUCCCAAGAAUUAAUCACUUUGGACUGAAUGAACUGAUUUGAUUGUGGCUAAAGGUCCUUUACUAAAACCUUUUUAUACUUUCAGUUGCUAUAUUUUUCAA